AACUCGGGACGAAACGGCUGGAAAAUGAGUUGAAAAAACCACUCCACACUGCUUAACAGAAUAAUCAUAGUAACAGUACUGCAACUCACAAUUGCCAGUCAAAAAGAACAAUAGUUUCACUUCACCUCUGACUCUCUCUGAGUUCCAGACCUGCCGCCGUUUCUCUGCAUUAGCCGACGUGCCGGAAAUUGGAGUUUUCUCAUCGGGAAAGCGUCAGGCGGCAUGUGAGUGCACCAAAACCAUCAGAUCAGGAGAAUUCUUCGGUCUUUAAGGUGCAGAAGUCUGUUUAAAAAGGGUGAUAGGUGAAGCUCUAUUAGAACUAGCAACCUCCCCAGUAGUAUAGUUUAUCAAAACCCUUAAAAAUUCCUGGGGUUAUUUGUUGUGUGCAGAACUGAAUGUUGAGGUGUUUUGGAGAUAGCUGAUGCGUCCCUGAUUCUAAUUCCUCAAACAAGUACCUCAAGUUUGUCAAACCUGUAAUAGGAAAGGGAUGUUUUUUACCAUCUUCUUCUGUCAUGAUGUGGAAUUCAAGCUUCCUUAUUUUGUCUUUGUUCAUUUUAUAGGUGUUGAUGUUUGACAAAAUUUUAUGUUAGGAAUCAAUCCAUAAUUGCUAGUUUCUGUAGUGGAGUUGGGGUUUUUUUGUUCUUCCCUCUUUCCUUACAAAAAUUCCAUAUAGCCAUCUAGAUAUGUUUCCAAUGGCAGAAAAGAGUAUGAAUCCAGUAAGGCUUCUUUCAUUCCUCAUAGCCAUUUCUUUGUUUCUAUUGACCAUCUCUUCUUUUUCCCUCCUCCACUUUGAUACCAAUUAUUUCAUACCCAAAUCAGUUCUCCAGUUAAUUCUCAUUAACAACAUCACUUCAGAUAAUUGGAAUUCAAGCACUACCCGUGCUGAAACCGAGAUGCCUUUGCUUCCUAAUUCCAGUAAAAAACCUAACAGAGUGUGUGAAGGGAAUCAAACUAUUCUUAGAGUUUAUAUGUAUGACUUGCCGCCUGAAUUCCACUUUGGGCUUUUAGGAUGGAAAGGAAGUAGGAACGAUAAAAUAUGGCCUGAUGUGGAUGAGCCGAGCAAAAUUCCACGAUAUCCAGGUGGGUUGAACUUACAGCACAGCAUAGAGUAUUGGCUCACCCUCGACCUUUUAUCGUCAAAUACCUAUUAUACCCCAACUGUUUUUAGUAGGCCAUGCACGGUUGUGAGAGUUCGAAACUCAAGCGAAGCAGACAUUAUAUUUGUACCGUUUUUCGCUUCCCUGAGUUACAACCGCCAUUCAAAGGUUCAGAACGAUGGUGAGAUCAGCAAGGACCGACUGCUGCAACAUAGAGUGGUUGAGUUUUUGAAAAGUAGAGACGAGUGGAAGCGGUUUGGUGGGAGGGAUCAUCUUGUGGUGGCUCACCAUCCUAAUAGUAUGUUGGUUGCUAGGAAGAAGCUGGGUUCUGCCAUGUUAGUACUUGCAGAUUUCGGAAGAUAUCCGGCUGAAAUAGCAAAUAUAGGAAAGGAUGUGAUUGCUCCGUAUAGACAUAUGGUGAAGGCAAUAGAUGCUGGGAUUUCACACCCAUUUAAACAACGCCCUAUAUUGGUCUACUUUCAAGGCGAAAUAUAUAGAAAAGAUGGUGGAGCUAUUCGCCAAGAUUUAUAUUACCUGCUUAAAGAUGAAAAAGAUGUCCACUUCACAUUUGGUAGCACUCAAUCAAAUGGUAUCAGAUCAGCUAGCCAGGGAAUGGCUUCAUCGAAGUUCUGUCUGAACAUAGCUGGAGACACUCCUUCCUCAAAUCGACUCUUUGAUUCCAUUGUUAGUCACUGUGUCCCAGUGAUCAUAAGUGAUGACAUUGAGCUGCCAUAUGAAGACGUGCUUGAUUAUUCUAAAUUUUGUGUCUUUGUCCGAGCUUCAGAUGCUUUGAGGGAAGGCUACCUUUUGGGUGUUCUUAGAGGAAUACGGGAAGACAAGUGGACCAAAAUGUGGGAAAGACUAAAAGAGAUUACCAUACAUUUUGAAUACCAGUACCCAUCCCAACCUAAUGACGCUGUGGAUAUGAUUUGGCAAGCGGUUUCAAGGAAAAAGUAUUCCAUACAAUUGAAGACUAAUCGGGAUAACAGAUACCAUAGAUCAGAGCUCUUCCUGAAGAGCCAUUGACAUUAAAAAUUGCCUUUACAAGAUAUAUUUUACAUCUAAGAUGGAUGUCGAUUCCAUGUUAGGCUUUACCUUAUAGAAUACUGUAUUAUUAUUAUUAUUAUUAUUAUUAUUAUUAUAUCCAAGUGGUAAAAACAUUUGAUGACAAGGUUUUGAAUGUCAUAUUUUCAUAAAAUUAUACCUUCUUAAGAAGGUGGCAACAAGAAUGGUUUGAGGUGGGGAAAUUUUGCCGUCUU